CUACCCCUCUUUCCUGGUUUUGGUGGGGAGAGACCGGGGGACUGGAGCAGACGAGUCCAUCUGUCCGCCGCUCACAGCGCUUCCGUCGGUCGGGAUAUCCUGCCGUUUUCUUCAGAAACUUGGAAACUGUUCUCGAUUCUUGAAUGCUAGAAAACGCCUGAUACCCCCUCCUCUCUUUUGUUUCUUUUCCUUUUUAUUCUUCUUUCCUUAAAGUCGUUUCAAACGUCAUUGUCUCCGGAAACUAGCGCUACAUAAUUCACAGAAACAUAAAGUACUGAGAAGCAUCAUCAUGAGUGUACUGCCCCCUGUACGGAAAGACCGCAUCAUCAGCCAGCUUCCCAAGUGCUUCAGCAAAGGUGCUGCUUUGAACACAGAGGAUGAGUUCCACGGGAAGGUGAAGACAGCCUGUCAGCAGCAGAGGACAGGAACUGUGGGGUUUAAGAUCUCAAAGGUCAUUGUAGUGGGUGAUCUGGCGGUGGGGAAAACCUGUCUGAUUAAUAGAUUUUGUAAAGAUGUCUUUGACAAAAAUUACAAGGCCACCAUUGGUGUGGACUUUGAAAUGGAGCGGUUUGAAGUUCUUGGGGUCCCUUUCAGCUUACAACUGUGGGACACUGCAGGACAGGAGAGAUUUAAAUGCAUUGCCUCUACAUACUACAGAGGAGCUCAGGCUGUCAUCAUUGUGUUUGAUUUGACUGAUGUGGCUUCACUGGAGCAUACGAGGCAAUGGCUGGAGGACGCAAUGAAAGAGAAUGAUCCUACCAGUGUAUUACUCUUCUUAGUAGGCACAAAGAAAGAUCUGAGUUCUCCUGCACAGUAUACACUAAUUGAGCAGGAUGCCAUUAAACUGGCAGAUCAGAUGAAAGCAGAGUAUUGGGCUGUGUCCGCCUUGUCUGGGGAGAAUGUAAGAGAGUUUUUCUUCAGAGUGGCAUCUUUAACGUUUGAGGCAAAUGUUCUGGCAGAACUGGAGAAAACUGGAUCCAGACGUAUUGGGGAAGUUGUUCAAAUCAACAGCAACUCAAAUAACAUGUCUGCAACUUCCAAGAAGAAACAGACCAACUGUUGUCAGUAAAGACAGCAAACAUUUGCACCAACAUACCAAAGCAAAACAUGCACACUAAUGUACAUACACAUACAUUGGAAGAAUCUACAAGAUAAGGAAAGUUGGAUGGACAGUAUUCCACAUAUGUGACUGUGCACAGAGCAGCGUGGUUUGUUAUUCAUAGGGUGAAACUGAAUAUCUGCUGGAUGAAAGAAAACAUUCCUCUGUUGGAAAACUUGUGGUUUGCAUUUUUUGUGGCAAAGCAGUAUUCGGUUUACCCAAAGGAUCUAUGCACAGUAAUAAGUGAUUAUUCAAUUGUUCAUCAAAAAUGCAUUUUAUCUCACGUUUUGCUUAGUUUACAAUCAGUCGUGGUUUUAAAAGGUACACAAGAGGAUCAUGCAUGAGUUGCACAAAAAGCAAUAAUAGUGAUACAUGUAUUUUUCUAUAUCAAAAAUCCUGUUUAUUAAAAAGGUAAUUUUUCUUUAAAAGUUAUAUAGAAUUUUUUUGGUACUUGUUCAAAUUAUUGCUUUAAAUAUUUUAAAAGUAUUAGGGCUUAUAUAAUUUGUUUCCUAUGGCUCUUUAAAUGAGCCAUUUAUUUAAUUAUUUAAAAACCUCUCCAUAAAUGUUUACACAAAUGUGUUAAUAUAUCAUAAUAAUGUUUUUUUUUUAUGAAAUACUGAUCUUAAUACUGUUAAUAUUUUGAUCAAAUCUUUGGUUUAAAUGAAAUUCAUUAUUAUUGAUUAUUUUAACAUUUUCAAGCGAGUAAUUACAAUCUGAUAGCGACCUCUACUGGUAUUUUAUGUAACAACAACAGACCAUUUAUGACCAAUAUGACUGAAUGCUUCAAACGUGAAAAAUCCAUUUCAAUUGAAAUGAAAAGAACAGUCUUCACAAGAUUCAUCCUUAUUCUCAUACAAUAAUCUUUGUCACAACCUGCAAAUGAUUCAAUGGCAAAAUCCCUUUAAAAUAAUAAAAAAAAUACAUUAAAUGUUCCCCUUAUUUCUUUAUUUUUAACCUCUAAAGUUCUUAAAAGACUCCAGGUAUUGACUGUCAAUCUGAGACUGCAUCUUAUUUGGAAUGCAGUGGGAAUAUUUAUAGUUUUCCUUCAGCCACUUUUCCUCCCUCACUGUUUUCAAUGGCCACGCCAGCAAUGCCUACAAAGAAUAGAGAAAUAACAGCACUCAUUUUACCAACUUAAUCAACACUACUGAUAAGUGAUAAGUGAAUAGAAACUAUAACACACUCACAGAAAACAGCUGUCAAAAUCCUUUGUGUUGCAUCUUGCAGCAAGUAAUGUUACAAGAAUGUCAAUAAUCUCUCGCCAGUCAGUAUCUUAAUCGUGCCCUAAAGGGAGAAUCAACAUAUAAAGAUACAAAGCUUUCAGGUAGAGAGAGGCAGCAGUUAAGUUCAUCAGGUCUCAAAACACUUUUGUUUUUAUUGCAUUAGCUCUUUUAUGCUCACCCACAACAGUAGCUCAUUGAUUCUCCACCAGUUUGAUAGCUGUUCUCAUAGUUCCUCCAGUCUCAAUCCACUGGUCUACUAUAAGAACCCACAGACCUGAAGGACGUCAUCACAUAUCAGAAUCACAUUUUGCUCUGUCACUAAGAAUCAGAUGCAUCAAUAAUGCAAAAAGCAGUCAUUAUGUGAUGGGAUUAUAUAGUAAAAUAAUACAGAGUUGACUGAUCAUUGAUCACAAAUCACUGCAAAUAUGAUAUGUAAAAAGAUGAAUUUGAUUAUGCAUUUUCAACCAGUGACAAUAUAUGAGUUUACAUACAUCAGUACUUGGCUUUACCACAUUAACAGACUCUUCUAUUAGUUUCCAGUAGUUUACACAAUCUGACAGUGCCUGGAUAAGUUAGGAGUGACAGAAAAUACUUCAAGAUACGCAGUUUUAAAGCUAGGUUAUUCAAUAACGUACAUGCAUAGGUCUACACUGAGAAAAGUUUGGCGUGCAACAAGAAUGAUUGUUUAACUGCAAAUUGCAAUAUAUUCUUGAUGGAUCAAGCCAUAAAAACUUCUGUCCCUUUGUGUUUGGUGCCAUAAGAGGCAGGUACCAGCCCUCUUGUCUCUUUUGGGGAACUGUAUAAACUUCCAUUCUGGAGAGACCACUGGAUUUAUACUAUAGUAUUUUAUAUUUUAUAUUUGGUCUAGAUUUUUAGGCUCUACUGUUUAGUGUUAUCUGUAUGCACCUGAGAGUAACGCGAUUUCAAUUCUCUGUAUGUAUGUACUGUACAUGUGGAAGAAUUGACAAUAAAGCAGACUUGACUUGA